AUGAGCACUUUUCUAGACUCAACUCUAGAGGCUGCACUUGAUCCUACUCUAGACCCCGCACUAGAGCCUGCAAAUGACCCAGCAUUAGAACCUGAACUAGAGCCUGUAGAGGAUGAUGUACUUGAACUAGCUGAAGAUCCAGCGCUUGAACCACUUCCCGAUCUUGAUCCAGAGCCAGAAGUUGAAGCCGAGCUUGAAGCCGAACUUGAGCUAGAGCUACUAGUACCGCCAAUACCAACUCCAGCUCCAAGCCCAAUCCCAAGGCCGCCUGAGCUUGACCCUGAACCAAAAGCUGAAACUGAUCCAGAAGCUGAUCCUAAGCCUGGACUUGAUCCGGAGCCAGACACGAAUGUUGAACCGGACCUUGAACUUGAGCCAGAACCACCGCCACCUAGACCAAUGCCAAUUCCAACUCCAAGUCCAAGGCCAAGGCCUCCUGAUCCUGAGCCUAAACCAGACCCCGAACCUGACCCUGAGCUAGAACCUGAGCCAGAACCUGAGCCAGAUCCCGAACCUGAACCUGAGCCACCUACUCCUAAACCUAUACCAACUCCAAUCCCAAGUCCACCCCCAAGGUUAAUACCAAGGUCCUUCCUUGCAAAGCGGCUCUCCCCCACCGGAGCAAGUGAUGCAGCAACGGCAACCAAAACUACAAAAGCAAUGGACUUCGUGCAAACCAUUGUACUAUAUUGUUUGCAACACGCAACAGCUACUAUACUUCGUGCUAGUAAUGGAGAUGAGAUGAUGCAGGUGUUUGAUAGACCUCAUGGGAAUUUAUACAUAGACAGAGAUCAGUGCAAGAUUGAGCUAGCGAUGUGGCUGGUAAAGGUUUCACAGAGUGGUGUAGUUGAGUUGUGCUUGCGUGUUUGCUCUUGA